UGAGUUUUCACAACAACGUUGUUCCAGGAGUGUACGUCAAGCUAAAGGGCAGCAGAGAUCCGCGCUGCAGCGUGAUGGUGGCCAACUGCGUGUCGUGUCUUGACGCGCUUGCAGCCUCACAUGUGCUGGGCACCAUAAGUUUAAAGAAGUGGAAAGUGCCUCCAUUUUUUGCAUCCACGAUGGGUAUAAGAAAUGCUGCGCAGUUUGUUAGGAAACAGCACUUCGGCGAAUGCGCCAGCCAGCCGGUUCUACUGCAACCAGAAGGCGGCGCCGCCAACGGGCGCGGCGUGCUGCGCUUCACCGACUGGCCCUGUCCCCUCGGCAACCGCGUGCAGCCGCUAGCUAUCACUGUCGAGCGGCCAUUCACCAACGUGACGGUACAUCGAGCAACCGACGCCCGCGACAAGUUCCCCUGGUCGGACGCGUGGUGGUUCCUGUGGACGCCGGCCACCGUGUUUAGUAUCACGCUUCUACCCGCUUUGGAGAGGCACGACGAUGAUGACGCUGCCUUCGCCGCGAGGAUACGGCAGACUAUCGCUGAUGGGCUUGGGGUGGAGCUAGCGGAGUACAAGUGGGAGGAGUUGAACGCGGGCGGGCGCGCGCCGCGCCGCCGCGAGCCGCCGCCCGAGCUGGCCCGCCUCGCGCGACAGGUCAAGGAGGUGCUGCCCGCCGUGCCCAUGAGGGACAUCAUGCGAGACCUGGCAACGACCCGCAGCGUGGACGUGACUAUAACGAACUUCCUCGAAGGCGUGAGUCCCUACACGCCCGAAGCCACGCCCGGGCCUUCCGCGCCGCGUUACGUCACACCGGCUCCUACCGGAGUAUUCUCCACGAAUGCGCGCGAUAGACAACUCAGCUUCCAGGAGAGAAAGGCUAAUAUGAUAGCGGAGGCUCGCCGCAAGUAUAUAGAGAAACACGGGCUGGAUGCGGCGCUGUGCUAGGUUAAGGGGGUAAUGUUAUGGAUAGUUGUCUUCGACGGUUGAGGAAGAAGGCUGUUUAAAGGGGCUAAGAAGGUACAGUGGUUCCCAAUCUUCGGGGUGAAGUCCCAAAGAAGUAGAGAAUGCAGUAAUAAAGUCUCGACGGCAUUAGGGCACCAAUCGCGUUAAAUUUUUCGCAAUGAUCACUUUUUUAAUUGGUCACGUUGCAAUUAUUGAAAUUUGUGCUGAAAUAUUGAGAUUCAGAUGUGCCUUAAUGCAGACGAAGUGCUAGAAAAGUUAAAUAUCAAAGUCGAAAGUAGCGUUCGACUUACAUUUUGAGGGCAUCUAUACACCCGUAUUCACAAAUGAUGCUUGUUUAAAUGAAGCAGCAAAUCGAACGCAUAGCGUUAAAUAGAGCUCUGUGAUUGGUUCGUAUGUCACCCUGUGCGUCCACGUGCACGGUGAGACCUCAUAGUGAUGUUUGUGAAUACGAGCGUUAGUCUCGUUGUAGUCCGUAAAAAAGAUUGGGAAUCGCUGAAUUUGAGACGAUAAUUCUUAGCCCUGACGAUAUGUAACGAUGCUGUGAGUUCAGAAAUGUUUUGCUUUAGGCUAUUUUGUAGAGAUUAUUAUUGGUUGAUGCAUUGUUCGACAAUAGCUCUUCAAGUCCUCGCAAAACAUAAGAAUAAAUUUGAGCCAAUUAAUCCCCUAAAGUGAAUUCUUGCUUGUUUAAUGUCUUCGCAAAUAAUACAAUUAUUAUAUAGCUCCGUUUUGAUCUAUCACAAUUUUUCAAGUCUAUAUUUUCGACUAUUUUUGUAUCUUGUUAUUAAAACUUUCAAUUGUAUCCUUAGAUUUAGACGCUGAGAUUUUUCUUUUUAGUUUAAAAAUGUAGUAAAACACCAAUUUGGUACUAAUAAGGGUUACUAUAAAUUAUUUUGUAAUCUUAGAAGUGUUGUUGAGGUUAGAUGUUUCAGAUGUGUAAAAAUUAUAUCUAGAGGAGGGUUGGUCGUGAAAAUUAUCCAUAAAUGUUACUACCCACGGGGAACGCGAGACGAACAUAGCAGUCAAAGGAUUCGCCGAUACAUUACUCAUUAUAGUGCCUAAUAGAUUCGAUGUCUGCAUUACUUUCUCGUAAGUUUAGGAAUGUGAUUUCUGGCGAAUUAUUCGAGUGACUUGUAAUGCUUUAUGUACUCGAUUAUUGCCAUUUUUUGCCACUUUAAACACUUCAGAUAAUGAUCGCUACGUGAGUUCCGAACAGAGAAUCAUCCUACAGUUUUUAAUUUUAAAGUCACGAUUGUAAUUCGCCUGACAUCGUUAUAAUUUGUGAACGGUAGGUAUAUGUUGAGAAUGCGACAUAUUUUUGCUUAUCAGUCUUUUUGUUUGAUUUUUUGUCGUACCAGACAGGGUUGUCAACUGUAAAAAAAAAUAUUUUUGUCAACAUUCAGAACACAUUAUUUUAUUUUUAUCAAUCUGUGGUUGAGCUGGGCAAUAAAUUGAUGUGUUCUUACGUAUGGCAUCGAUUCCUAAGAGUUAUAACGGAUUCGCAUAAAGAAAUGGCUACGAGUAUAAGUACUCAUAUUAGUGGUUUUAAAUAGUAUAAAUAUAUGUGAUUGAAAAUAUAUAUUCUAUAAACAGUUGAGGGUUUAAAAAUAUGUUUUGUAUCGAAUCGUUCCAAAUAGUAUAGAAUGUUUAUUUCUAUGUCCUUAACAGGCCUUUUAAAGUAAUAUUUUGGUAUUUAACGCUAGCUGAACGUGUUAGUGACUAAGAAAAUAACGGCUCUUUUUAACCUUUGUUAGGUUAGUGUUUUACAUACAUAUCUGUUUGGUUAGACAUAAUUAUUAUUUUAAAUUUAGUUUUAACUCGGUUGUUUUAUUAAUCCAAUUAGAUUAGCGUCAUUAUUAUCUUUUAAUUUGAAUUAUUAAGUUUUUAUUUUCACUGGUGUCAGUCAUUGUUUUAACUCAUCCAAGUAAUAGAUUUUACUGAUUUUAAAAUUCUAGUCCAAUGAGGCUUUUCUUACAAGAUAUCACAAUAUUAUGCUAACACAUAAAUAAGCUUGUUUAUUGAAACAAAUAAUUUAUAUUAUAUACUUUAGUCGUUUGAUAUCGUAUCGUGUUUGAUUAAAUAUUUUUCCUAAUGUAUAUUUUGAUACUAAUUUCAUUUUCUUUCAUUCAUAUUGACUGACAUCGCUUACUUGUCCAAAUGUGACUGUUAAAGUUACAUCAAUUAAUGUAGCCUAAUUGAUUCAUUAUUAGAUCUCAUUGUACAGAAUUCAUAUAUCACAGACAUACAGUGCCGUUUAUACGUGGUUAUUGUGAAUACAUUUGUACAUAUUAUAUAAAGCAAUAUGUCGUUCAUUGAGUUCAGUAAAGAAAUCGCUCGGUCUUUCUAAUAUAAUGCGGUUUUUAUGCUCAACACAUCGAAAGACAAAUGUAUUUUAUUUUAAAACAUUCAUAAUGUAAUUAAUAUACGAUACGUUGAGUAUUUAAACCGGCUAAAAUUCAAUUAAACAAUUGUUUUGGAUAUAAUGCACAAACCAAGAGGGUUGAUCCUAUAAAUUACAACAAUUUCAAUGAAAUAAUCGUUGUAGAAUAAAGGUAGCAGGAAGGCGCUGGAUGCAGGCCGCUACCAACCGUGCGAUGUGGAAGUCAUUGGGGAAGGCAUAUGUUCAGCAGUAGACGUCCUAUGGCUGAAAUGAUGAUGAUGAUGAUGAAUCGUUGAAGUCUCAAGAAAAUAGAGCUGUCGGCAAUUUAGAUUGGGAAAGUGUUUUUAUUUUGAGACAAAAGUGUUCGAGUAGUAGUUUUAAAGGGUUGAGCCUUUUGUUUGUGCAUUAGACCCAAAAUUAUGCAAGCUGAGUGAUUUCAUAAUCAACAAUCUAAACUAUUUUAUAACUGGCGUUAGUAUAGUGUGACGGUGGCCUCAUGCUAAUAAUAAUAUUUGUACGGUAAUCUUAAAGAAAUAAAUUCGCAGAAAUCGAUUGUCAUGAUCCACAUCAAUAAAUUAUAAUACAG